AAGAAGACGGACAGUUCCGUGGGACGUUGCUGUGGUGCGGCAGCUCCAUUAUUCUCAUGCUCCCAAACUUGUCACCUCCCACCCAUCUUAUUGUCGGAUGUACAAACAUAGAGGGAGAAGCGCACAUCUUUGCAUGCAGCGGGGGACAGUGUUUGCAUCUCAUUGGAGCAAUUUUUUCCCGUCCUAAAUAAGGCGUCGAUAGCUCUUUCAUAUGAACCAAUACUUGAUGGUCUCCAUUCAUAUGUUUUGCCCAUUGGUUUGAGGUUCAACUUGUUUCAGGAAUAGCCCACGAUCAGGGACGUCAACGGCCAUGGAGGAGCCACUCCUCUCCUCUCCCACCACCACCUCCUCCUCCUCCUUAGCUACCACCCCGCCCGUCCUCAUCCGAGUAACAACGAUCCUCACGCUCGUCGCCAUCUCCCUCUGGGCAAACUACGAAGCCUCCAGGAGCGUCGACAUCUCCGUCGUCAAUUCCGUUUAUGGUUCUCGCGCAGACCGCCUGUUCGACCUCAAGUUCGCCUCCAACGGCAGAGCCCACCGUAUCAUACACCACGCGAGCCAAUUCGUCGAGCAGGUUCUUUACCCCGAUGAAGGGUAUCCCCGCAAGCCGAUCAACCACAUAACGCUGCGUCUCGCCAGCGACGACGACCUCCCCUUCCUCACGUCGGUCAGCCCGGGCUUUGACGCCGGGGAUUACACCAUCCGUCUCAGCCCAAUUCUCAUGUCGGCAGCCGACGCCGACGCCGCUGUGGCCGCAGCGGUGCACCGGGCGGUCGCCAAGCUCUGGCUGUGGGACGGCCAGCGCACGGCUCCGGAGUCACUCCUGGAAGCCGCAGCUGAGUACCUCGCCAUGGCAGCAGGCUUCGGUUCGAGGCCUAACAUCGCCGACGCUGUCGCCCUCGAAUCUAACGGAACACGCUGGUCUGCUGAGUUCCUACAGUACUGCGAAGCCAAGCGCAACGGGUUCGUCGCGGGGUUGAACCGAGGAAUGCAAGAAAGGUGGACUGAGCUCACGGCGGACGAGGCGUUUGGCUCGCCGGUCCGGCAGGUAUACGCCGCCUAUAGGUCGGCGCCACCAGGUCGCAUCAUGGAAUCCUCUGAUUCCACGACGGAUUCGGUGGAGGCGAGGCUGUCCAUGUGAGCUGUACAGGUUGCCGCCAUGGCAAGCGGACCAAGUCAUGCAGCUGUGAAACUGAAGGGGUUCGACUACUUGUCCGUAUCCCGCGAAGGUGUUGACCGGACCGACGCCUACCGGUACCAAAGUGUACUGUCGGUGGCAUAAUUCUGCCCUUUAGAUUCCUCUUCCUUGUUUGCUUCUGUACCUCUGCGUAAAAUAAUGGAAUGGAGAAGAAGCUUGUUUGUUUUC